GUUUACAACAAACUCCAGCGUUCGGCAAUGUCUGAAGUGCGUCGUAAAAAUCGUGUCCAUGACAAAGUUGAAAAAGCAACAUCAGAAAUGGCCUUGGAUCCCAAUACUCGUCUUCUUAUAUUCAAGUUGGUUAACAAUGGAGUCCUUGAGAGUGUGAAUGGAAUUAUCAGUUCUGGCAAGGAGGCUGUGGUGUUUCAUGCACUGGGAGGGGAGUAUGAAGAUGUUCCACUUCCUGAAGAAUGUGCAGUGAAAGUUUUUAAAACUACUCUGACUGAUUCAAAACGUCGUGAGCGAUACAUUAAGGAGGAUUAUCGUUUCAAAGACAAGCUGACUAAAAGCAAUACCCAGAAAACUAUUCGCUCUUGGGCAGAGAAGGAGUAUCACAACCUACGUCGCCUUCAACGUGCUGGUAUUCCUUCCCCUAAACCAAUACUCAUUAAGAAGCAUGUUUUACUAAUGUCUUUCAUUGGGUCAAACCAUCAAGCUGCGCCUAAGUUAAAAGAUGCACAACUUUCAUUUGCUAAUUUGUGCAUAGCAUAUGAGCAAGUGGUCCAAGCCAUGGUGAAGAUGUUCCAGGGAUGCCGAUUAGUGCAUGCAGACAUGAGCGAGUACAAUAUUCUCUGGCAUGAUGAAACUUGCUAUAUUAUUGAUGUAGGCCAGGCAGUUGAACCUACGCAUCCUCAUGGUCUGCAGUUUUUGUACAGGGACUGCACUAAUGUUAUCAAGUUUUUCACUUCUAAAGGCCUGUCGGACUUAAUGACUCCUUUGCAGCUGUUUGAGAAAGUUAGCAAUAUAAAGCUUCCAGGACCAGAAGAAUCUGCCAUUACCAUGAUAGAUGAAUAUGAGAAACACCAGGAGCUGUGGCGUGAAAACAGGCAAAAUGUUGGAGACCACUUUGAACAAUUGUGGCUAGAAAUUCAAGCUGAUGAAAAGCAACAGAAACAGUCAUGUAAGAUUGAGACUGGAGAUAGUGAUGAGGACAAUGCAAAUUUAGAAGGAGAGAUGGAUCAGAAACAAGGGGCUUCUUGUGAAAUUAAGGAUGUAAAGAAGAAGAGCAAUAUCAAGGUCGUAGGUACAGAAGAAUGUGGUAUGACAGACAGUAAUGAAGUUGAUGUGAAAAAUAAAAAUCUUUUAGCAAAAUCUAAUGAAGUUAAACUGGAGUCAAAAACUGUAACAUUUGAAUGUCCACAGGAUGGUGUUCCUACAGAGGAAUUUCCCAGCCUUAAUAUUCCUUUAAACAAAGGCAAUUGUAAGCAACCCAGAAAGAGUAAAAAGAAAAAGAAGUAAUUAUUUCUUAAAAGUUUUCUGUUAAAAUUGAUUUUGGAACCAUUUUGAAAAAGAACGAACAGCUGAAUUUAUUUUGUGAGGUAGAGAUUUUUAGGAUCUGCAGUUAUGCUGAAACCUUUUAAUUUUGGGAUGUUAUGAAUUUAAAAGGCAUUUUGAAUUUUGGUUCUGUCAGAUGUUGAAUAUGAUGGCUAAUCUUUGUGCUUAACAGACUUUCAUUUUUGAAGCAAGGAUGACUUAUUUUUUAUUUGUAAAUGUUAAUAUUUUCUAGAUGGUGGGGAUACUUUGUUGGAUCAUUACUGGUCAAAUAGCAACUCUGUGCAUGGGAGCAUAUGAACUUUUUAGGGGUCUUAUUGAUUCACUGAUAUUGUAAUAUGAUCAAGGAAAAUAUGAACAUACAUUUUA